AUAUGCAUUCUCUUCCCCUCACCCAAUUUCUUCCCUUCCUUCCCAAAAAGGGACCUCUCAAUCAUCAUUUACAAACCCAAGAGAGGAAAAAAGAGUCUCUUAGCUCUUAAAAACUUCUCUUGGAAAAAACAAAAAAAAUGUCUUUCCCUCUCCUUUUCCUUCUCUUCAUUUGCCUUCCAUUUUCCUCCGCCAAACUCAACGUUAACUACUACAAAAAAACAUGUCCCGACUUCGAAAAAAUCGUCAGGGAAAACAUUUACAUCAAACAAAGCGCUAGCCCCGCAACCGCACCCGGCAUCCUCCGCAUGUUUUUCCACGACUGUAUCACCGAUGGUUGCGACGCUUCCGUCCUCGUCUCUUCCACCGCCUACAACCCUCACGCCGAACGCGACGCCGAACUCAACCUCUCCCUCUCCGGAGACGCUUUCGACAUCAUUGUCAAAAUUAAAAACGCAUUGGAGCUAGCUUGUCCCGGCAUCGUUUCGUGCUCCGACGUUAUGGCACAGGCCACAAGAGACCUUGUUAAGAUGGUUGGUGGCCCGUUUUAUCCCGUUAGGUUGGGAAGAAAAGAUAGUCUUGUAUCAGAUGGUUCAAGAACCAAAGAAAGUCUUCCAACAACAGCAAUGUCAAUGGACGAUAUCAUCAACAAGUUUACCGUAAAGAAUUACACUAUCAAGGAAAUGGUUGCUUUAACUGGCGCACACACAAUAGGUUUCACUCACUGCAAAGAAUUCAGCAACAGAAUCUUCAACUACAGCAAAACUUCUGAGAUCGAUCCAACUCUUCAUCCUAAGCUUGCUGCAGGGUUGAGAAAAGUGUGCCAGAAUUACACCAGUGACCCUUCCAUGGCUGCUUUCAAUGACGUGAGGUCACCCGGGAAAUUCGACAAUGCUUUUUUUCAAAAUGUUUUGAAGGGUUUGGGAUUGUUGACUAGUGAUUAUCUUUUGGCGGUUGAUCCAAGAACAAAGCCAAUCGUAGAACUUUAUGCGAAAGAUGAACAAGCUUUCUUUCAGGAUUUUGCUAAGGCAAUGGAGAAGCUUUCUGUGCAUGGAGUGAAGACUGGUAAUAAAGGUGAAGUGAGGAGCAGGUGUGAUCAGUUUAAUCAUAUUCCUAAUUAGAGGACUAAUCAAUAAUUAACUUUUAAAAAAAAAUUUAAUUAUUAUAUAUUUAUAUAUAUGUAUUUAUCAAGGGAGCCAUGGGUAUACAUUGUCUUUAUCCAAAGAAAAUUUAGACAGAUUAAUUACCUGUAUUUUAAUACUUAUAUAUACGUUGGUUUCCUUUUGAUUUUUUUGUUCUUUUAUGAAGAAAGAGUGUGUGUGAUAAACAAUUAUAGGGCUUUGAUGGAGAAGAUGUAGUUUUAUCUCAUCUAAUAUUUGUGACUCUAUGUUGUUGCUGUUGUUAAUGUGUUCUUGGAUAAACUAUUUAUAAAUGAUCUAUAAUUGUAUA